AUGUGGGAUGAAAUCGACAGAUGGAGGGAGAAGAGCGGACUUGUGCCGCCCAAGACCAAUACCGUCAAAUCCAAAGGCAAGCGCAAAGGACGCGCUGAUAAAAAGGAAAGAGACUGGGGUGAUGAUGCUAAGAAGCUCGAAGAAGGCGUUCCCGACAUGAGCAGCGGAGACCCUUUGUUCAGACUCUGUCAGGUUUUAAUGUCUUGGUGGAAGCAACGAUACCGCACCACCGCGCCGGGAUUGCGAAAAUGGGGCUACAUGUCGUUGGAACGCCUUGACAGGCUAACAAAGGCAUAUGCCAGUGAAGAUAAAUACGACAACAAAUUCGGUGAGCGGAUGGAGAGCAUUGAGGACCUUCGACACUGCGCUAUUCGCUGCAAGGGUAGCCGCGACGUUGGCGCGCAUCUCUUCACAGCACUUCUUAGGGGUCUAGGCUUAGAAAGCCGGUUAGUUGCAAACUUACAAUCCCUCGGCUACUCAUGGACCAAGUUGGAGGACGCAAAAGACGAGCAGGCGGAUGGCAAAUUGCAAACUCGCUCGGCAGACACUACACCAAAGAAACCGACCAAGUCAAAGAAGCGUAGCAAGGAAACGCCCGAGUCGAAGAAGCCUACACAGUCGGUACGGAACCAGGUUUCGGAUGAUGAACAAUUGAAGCUCGAGUAUCAGGACUCAGACGAUGACUCAGUGGUGGAGAUGCAGGUGACGCCCGUGAAAUCGAAGAAGCAGUCACAACCAAAAAUUGAUCAAGAUCUCCCUCACGCAAACUACUGGACUGAGGUAUUAUCUCCGGUGACAGGCAAGUUUCUGUCCAUUGAACCAAUUGUACAGGCAGUCCUUGCUACCAAUCGCGAACUCGUGGAAUCUCUUGAGCCUCGAGGCGGGAAGGCUGACAACGCGCGUCAAAUAAUGGCAUAUGUUGUUGCUUACUCUCCAGAUGGAACAGCCAAGGAUGUAACCGUUCGAUAUCUGAAGCAACGUGUUCUUCCUGGGCGCACCAAGGGCAACCGAUAUCCAACGGAGAAAAUCCCCAUCUACAACAAGCAUGGAAAAGUCCAUGGGCAUGAACACCACGACUGGUUCAAAUUAGCAAUGGCGGGAUACAGGCGCGGUGACAAGAAGCGACCCAUUACUGACAUUGACGAAGUGGAAGAGAGCACGGAUUUGAAGCCCGCCAAGCCCGAGAAGAAGGCUGUGCCAGAAGGGGAGGAGACACUUCAAUACUACAAGCAGUCGAAGGAGUUUGUGCUUGAGAGACAUUUGAAGCGAGAAGAGGCUCUGCGGGCGGAUGCAAAACCAGUCAAAAAGUUCCAGAACAAGAGCAAGUCUAGCACAGGCGAGGAGGAUGUCUACUUGAGAUCUGAUGUCUUGAACGUCAAGAGUGCGGAGACAUGGCAUAAACAAGGAAGAGCUCCGUUGGAUGGGGAACAGCCCCUGAAACGAGUACCAUAUCGUGCUGCAACUACCAACCGCAGACGUGAACUGCUAGAAGCUGAAGCAGCAACUGGGCAAAAGGUCCUUCAGGGUCUAUACAGUUAUGACCAAACCGACUGGAUCAUACCGGAUCCCAUAGUGGAUGGCGUGAUACCUAAAAAUGAAUACGGAAACAUUGACUUAUUUGCCGAGCACAUGUGCCCGCAAGGUGCUGUUCAUGUGCCAUUCCGGGGAACCGUUCGAGUGUGCAAGAAACUCGGAAUUGACUACGCCGAAGCUGUGGUGGAUUUCGAGUUUGGGCAUCGAAUGGCGGUCCCGGUCAUCCAAGGCGUCGUCAUUGCUGAGGAAAACCACGACAUGGUGAUGGAGCAGCUGCAGCAAGACGAGGCCGAGCGGGCGCGGAAGGAGGACGAGAAGCGUCGCAAGGCGGCUCUUGGGCAGUGGCGAAAAUUUCUCAUGGGGAUGCGGAUCGUGCAGAGGAUUCGCCUGGAGUACGGUGAGAUUAACGAGACGACUUCGGUCUUUGGACAUGGCAGUAAGACAGGCCCUGCCGGGGCACCGGAGCCGCCAGUUUUGGGUGAGGGUGGCGAGGAGAUGGCGGGAGGAUUCUUGCCUGAGGGGUAUGAAGAGGACGAAGAUGAGGGAGGUGAUGGCGGCAAGCCAGGCACGUCGCACUUUUUCCCUGUGGUUGAUGAGAAUGAGGAGGCCGAGGGUGGUGAUUUGGUAUUGGAGCACCACGGCUGA